AGCCCAGCCCAGCCCAUCCAAGGCUCCUCAACGGUGGACCAGACACCUCAGCACCAACGCAAAUCCUCACCACUCUCUCCGUCUCGCACCAUCCCCUCGCCGCCGGCGGCGCCGCCGCCGCCAUGCUCCGGCUCCGUCGCGGCGUCCUCACCCAGGUCCUCUCGUCUCUCUCCGCCUCUCCCGUAUCCCCUCUCCACCGCCUCAUCUCCGCCGCCGCGCCCGCCAUCUCCCCAAACCCUAGCUUCCCCGUGGAGGAGUACCUCGUCUCCACCUGCGGCCUCACCCGACCACAGGCCCUCAAGGCCUCCGCCAAGCUCUCCCACCUCAAGUCCCCCGCCAAUCCCGACGCCGUGCUCGCCUUCCUCGCCGGCCUCGGCCUCUCUGACGCCGAUGUCGCCGCCCUCGUCGCCAAGGACCCGCAGUUCCUCUGCGCCAGCGUGGAGAGAACCCUGGCGCCCGUCGUCGCCGGGCUCUCUGGCCUCGGCUUAUCGCGUUCCGACAUCGCGCGCCUCGCCUCGCUCUCCCGGUACAGAUUCCGCUGUAGAUCCAUCGUCUCCAAGCUGCAGUACUACAUGCCUUUCUUUGGGUCCUUUGAGAAUCUCCUCCGAGCCCUCAAGAGGAACUUCUACCUUCACUCGGCUGACCUCGAUGAUGUGGUCAAGCCCAACGUCGCGUUGCUGCAGGAGUGCGGGCUAGGUGCUUGUGAUAUUGUCAAGCUAUGCAUCAGUCAACCAUGGCUUCUCACCGCCAACCUGGAGCGUGUCCAGGCGAUGGUGGAAUGCGCUGAAAACAUAGGUGUGCCCCGUGCUUCUGGGAUGUUCAGGCACGCGCUGCAUGCUGUUGCAUUUCUCAGCGAGGACAAGAUCGCAGCCAGGGUGAAGUACUUGAAGAACACCUUCAGGUGGACGGAUGCUGAGGUAGGCAUGGCUGUUUCUAAGUCUCCAAUGGUGCUGACGAGGUCCAAGGAGUCGCUGCAGCGCAGGUCUGACUUCCUCAUCUCCGAGGUGGGCUUGGAACCGGUGUACAUUGCUCAACGGUCGGAAAUAAUCGGUCACAGCCUAGAGGGCCGGCUCAGGCCCCGGUACUAUGCUGUGAAGUUUCUCAAGGAAAAUGGAUUGCUCAAGCGUGACCCAAACUACAGUACCGUUUUCAAGGUGAGUGAGAAGGCAUUCAGGAAGAAGUUCAUAUUCCCUCACAAGGAGGCUGCACUGGACCUGGCAGAAGACUAUGAUGCCGCUUGCAAGGGGGAACUGCCGACUAAUUUCAGAUUCACAUGAGCCAAGAAAGGACCAUGAUGUAAUUGUCUGCUGGUUGUCCGCUGUUGUAUGUCUGUUAGAUGCUGGGUUGGUCGUUGCUAACUUGUGAUGGAAUUGAUAAUUUGAUCCCUGAAUACUGGUAUGCAAUGCUAUCACUCAGCAGAGAAGAAACCAUUGAUUGGCUAUGAACUUCUCAUGCUCAUUCAUGUUUUAAACACACUUAUUGGAACAAAGUAAGUGUGAGAUCAGGCCAUUCUGCAGUGCAUUAAAAUUUCAGUUUUCAAGUUAGUUGCUGGUGCAUUGAGACAAUGAGCCACAGUAAGGUCUCCUUCAUGUGGGUGGUGCAUUCCUAAUAUUCUACUACUGAUUUUGCAAUUCAUAGUGGAUAAUUGGAGGAUCAAUCUGAUGUCCGUCCCAAAUUUAGAUUCAUAGUGAUCCGUCUUUGUUUCAACUAAUGAAAUACUCCCUCCGUCCCAUAAUGUAAGACGUUUUUUGACACUAGUUACAUUAUGGGACGGAGGGAGUAGAUACGUAUUCAUCCAACUAUGGAAAGUGUUUGGAAGUGAGUUCUCCUCUAGUUGGAUCAGAGGUAACCAUUUCAAGCCAUUGGUCAUAUUGGAAACACCUACUGGGCUGUAGGAUGAAUUUUGGGGGGCUCACGCAUGUACAGAUUAUCUGCUAAAGAGAGAUGGCAUAACUAAACAUCGAGCUCUCACUUGGAGGAGGGUUGGCAACUUGGGAUAAUUUAAGUUUAAGCAACUAAACUUAGGUUUCUCUCUUCAUUUUUAUGCUGGUAAUGUUAUUGAUACAAUGGAGAAGCACUUGCCACUAGUAACUUUACUGACACAAAGAAGCACUAAUUUUGUAUUGUGUGUUUGUGGAUUUUCAUGCUCUGCAUCAUGGCCAUAAAUUAUGUAUUUAUUGUGGAUAGCUUUAGUUUUUUUUAGUUUAUUAUUAUGUUUUGGUCCCGUGGUUAAUUCUUUGUGCCAAGCACCAUCAGGAGGUUCACUAGCAGCUAGUUGGUGUUUCUUCCUUCUUUGUACAUCUUUAGUUUUGCUAAAACUCAGUGGUUAGGUUAUUGCUUUGGUCGGUGUGAUUGUGAAUAUAGGCACCAAACAGUUGGUAUCAUGUACAUCCAUGCUCUGAAUUCAUGGUCUGAAUAUCUGCAGAGGCUGCAGGUUCUUAAUUACUUCCCCCUAGUAUCUUGUUUAUUUGAAAUGCUGUGCAUAAUGUUCUAGCCUUCUGGGGCAGAUUACUUCCAACUCGCCACAUAUUCUGCACUUGAAUUAGUUUUUGCCACCUUGGGUGUUCAUCUGGAGAAGCUAUCAUUGAAGUUCAGUGACGGAUAGUAAAAUUUGUUAUGUGUCUUGAACCAUGUUUGAUCUAAAAACACAAGGAAUUCCAGUACUUUCUUUAACCUCCAAAGUAACUGCGGAAGCGUGCUAGAAUUAGUUUAACUUUUAAUUAUCAAGCAGAUAGGUUGUAGUUGUAAUGGUCUGUUUUUUGUAACAAAGUAAGCAUUUCAGAGCUGGCCGUACUUCAACCUAUCAUACAUCAAGGUUUGCUACGUGUCAUUUUGCCGUGUUGUUAAUGCUCUACUUAUUUUCCUUGUCAAUGCAGGGUUAUGGAAAGGCUCCCGGGGGUAAAAAUUGAUUUUGUUGGAGAAGGACCUUAAAGAUGCAUAUUGUUCAACUGCCAACUAUUUGUUGUUUUCAAGAAUUGGAGCGUGUCCUUGCAGCCAUUGCAUAUCAAUGCAGUCGAAAUAUAGUAGGCAAUCAAGAUGCAUUUUAGUGUAUGUUUUUUUCUUCUGAUAUCUGGAAUAUAGAGAUUAGAUUUUCAGUACCCGGGUGUCUAGGCACCCGGUUAUCACCACCAUCCAUUCAGGAAACAGCUGCUCGGGAUCUGGACCUGACCCUGCACCACUGGUUGUAUUAGCAGGUCUAGGAUUUCUUUAAGCGGUGGAGACUACAAAUAUUUUACACGACACUGGGCCUAUUCUCGUACUGCGACGGAAUGCAUGAGCGGGACAGCGGAACAUGCAUCGAUGUUACUAUACCUCUUUUCUAUCUCCUCUCUCUCAUGGCCUCUCUCUUCUGGCAUUUAUCACUGUCACACACGUCUCACAAAACGAAAACACUCCUGACCUUUCUCCUCUCUCUCCUUUCACAACCUGUCUCCUCCCCCAACUCCCGUCACUCUCUCAUGAAAAAAGUUAUUUUCUCUCUCAGCCUCUCUCUCCGCUCCUGCCAUUCCUCUCUCUCACACGGGCUCACUGAAAGAAAAGCCCCUCUCUCUCCUCACCUUUCUCCUCUCUCUCCAGUCAAAAGAAGAACAAAGAAAAAUAUACUAGAAUAGAGGAGAUUGACAUGACGUGAUGAGUGAAAGAGUUGACGAAACAGCUCGCCUUUGCCACAGUAGCCUGUGCAGACAAGCUGGUCGGAAACAGUGGCCAUGAGCCUACGGUGUACCUAGAACCCAGUUAACUAAUGUCUGACUCAUGCUGCAAAUGAGCUGGUCCUUGUCAGACCGACGCACAGAUCUCAGCGGGAAUCGACGAACCAUAAGUGGGUGUCGGGAGUCCCGGGAGCUACCAGACAUUUUCGCUGGAAUAUAUGUUCAAAUUAUAGUAUCUGGAAUAUAUGUUCAGAUUAUAGUAACUGAAAUAUAUGUUAGCUGCAAUUUGCUAAAGGGUGAUAUGCUUAUGAUCUUAUGGAUGGAAGCCCUAGAGUUCAAUUGCCAGGACUUUCGCAAGGUUAGUGUACUGUAGGCGCAGAUCCUUAUUUAAUUUACUAUAUAAGUUGACAUUUUUCUGUGGUCUACAUUUUGCGGAUUGGAGAGUUAGGAUCAGCUGGCCCCGAGUGCAAAGAACUUCAAGAAACAACAAAGAGUUGUUGAUGGAUAAUUCAGCCUGCUUGCUUCUCUGUUUGCCAAUUGUUUGGAGCUACGAGGUGUGCUAAAUCUCUAAAUGCAAAAACUGUAUCACUGGAAAUGUUGCCAUUUAGAGGUGGUGCUGGAAGGAUCAGUGGCGAAGCCAACAUAGAGAAGGAGGCGAUCGUUAUCGCAGCUGAGGGAAGCAAAAGCACGUGGAGGGGCAUUCCUCAGCCUACUGGUACAUGUCAUUCUUCCAGCAAGCGGCGUCAGUUCCAAAAUGAAGAUUUGCUUAAUUGUGAAAGGAUGUUUUGUCUCAAAGUCUAUAUGGUCCAAGAUAUACAAUCAUUUCUCAUAUUA